UCAUGACCAUAAUCUUCUCUGCUACCGUGAAAGCAGGCCAGAGUGAGCACAAGCCAAGAAGAAGAAGAAGAAGUAGCAGCAAUGGGGAACACCAAGAGCAGCAUGUUGUCCAAGGAACUUCUGGAGGAGUUGAAAUCCAACACCAAGUACUCGGAGGCCGAACUGUGCAGCUGGUACCAGUCCUUCCUCCGGGAAUGUCCUGGCGGGAAGAUCAGCAAGGAGCAGUUUGAAGGCAUUUACGCCAGCUUCUUCCCGGAUGCCGACCCCACCGCCUACGCCCGCCACGUCUUCCGUAGCUUCGACACCAACUCUGACGGCACCCUGGACUUCAAGGAGUACAUCGUGGCACUGCACCUGACCUCGGGCGGAAGGACCCGGCAGAAGCUGGAGUGGGCCUUCGCCCUCUACGACGUAGACGGCAACGGGACCAUCAGCAAGAACGAGAUUCUGGAGAUCGUCAGGUCCAUCUUCAACAUGAUCCCGGCUGACGACCAGGAGAGCCUUUCCGAAGAUGAGAACACGCCAGAGAAGAGAGCAGAGAAGGUCUGGUGCUUCUUUGGGAAGAAGGACAAUGACAAAAUCUCAGAGGGCGAGUUCAUCCAAGGGGUUAUGGACAACAAAGACAUCCUGCGCCUCAUCCAGUACGACGAACCUCAGAAGAUUAAAGACAAACUGAAGGAGAAGAAACAGUAGGCCAGUGUGGUAGUGCGCAGACUGUUUCUGUUUCCCUUUAUGUUGCCAUGGCAACCGCACAGGAAGUGUUUCUCAACAACUAAUUUUGGACCAAAACAAAUCAAGAACGUUGUCACUGCGUUGGGAAUCAGAAUGUGUCUUGAUUACAGUGAACCCUGCAUUCUCGCGAUUCGGCAUUCACCGAUUUUUGGGAGGAUUUUAGCACCAUCUGGUGGCAUCUCGAUGUCAAGGAACUAUGUUGAAGUUAGUUGAGGUGUUUCAUUUAGACAUAAACUCAUUGGACUGACGAGUCAAGCAUAUAGUCCACUACAGUAUAUAGAAAUCCCUCAAUCAUUAGGGAGUAGACCUUGAGUGAAUGAUUCCGAAUGCAGUCGCUGAGUUUGGAAUCAUUCACCCAUUCUCUUCUCCUGAAAGACUACAAAGGGAUUUUUGGUUUACUUUUUAGGGAACUUUCUUGGUACUAUUUAAAAAUCAUACAGAAUCCCUACAAAAUCCCAAUUAGGGAGUAGGAAAUGAGUAAAUGAUUCCAAACAGCCUCAAUGACGCUGAAGUCAAACCAUAUUGUCAGCUCAUGCUAAGGAAGUUGGCACUGCUUUGGGUUCUCAGUUCCAUGCUGCCCCCCACAGGUCUGGAGUGUCACGGCAAGAAGCUGUGAAUAAUUAGCAGUAUGCUUCCGCUAAGCUGCUUGAAUGUGUUUACAAAUGCCCUUAAUUAAGUGCAUGAGGACCCGGCCGGGCGGGGGGGACUCAGGUUAAGCGCAUUAAUCCUGUCAUGAGCUGAAGGUCGAUGCCAAGUGCCCCAACUAAGAAUCCAAUCACAGUCAUUGCACAUUUCAACUUAGUACAUUGAACGUUACAUUUGGGACAGCCUCAAAUGUAUUGCAACGCACUUAAUCUCAUUAAAACACACUUUAAAAAAAAAAUAAAAAAGUAUUCCUUCGUAGUAUUAGUAAUAAUGAAGCUCCGAAGAAAAUAAACAGAGAGGUAUUUUAAACUGUCAACUACUGAAAGCAUAGCUCCCUAAUUCCAACUACAACUAUAAAUACUGUUUUUUUUAAUAGCAUUUAUUUGCAAAUAAUGAAAACUGGUCAACAUACCCAAAUUAGUUUUUUUCAGUUUCAUUUAGACAACAAUAGUGCUUUGCCUCCAUCAUCUUGGUUCUUUGUAUUCGCAGGAAUAGUGAAAAUCUGCCCGUAAGGGUUCGUAAGUACCUAGAGACGCCACAAGAUGGUGGUAAAGCACUACUUUUGUCUGAGUGAAACUCCUCAACUUACUUCAAGAUCGUUCCCUGGCACCAAGAUGGCGUCAAAGCACUACUCUGGUCUAAAUGAAACUCCUCAACUCACGUCAACAUAGUUCCUUCGCACCAAGAUGCCACAAGACGGCGCCAAAGUAAUACUUUGGACAAAAACAGUAAAUAAGUGGGUUUAAAAAAAAAAAAAAAAAAAAGAUAAAAAUGUGAAUCCACAAACGCCAAACUGCAAAUAUAAGUGCUCCUACAUAGAAUAUAUUAGGUAAGGGAUAAGUGUAACUCUCUGACACUCUUGCUAGACAUAUAGUCUGGAGCCAAACACAGUGCAGCUCAGCUUCUGGCAAGCAGAAGUCAUGGCGAGCUAUAUGGUUCAAACAAAAAGUAGGCCGUGAGAAUCCAGUUUCCAGCUGUACAGUUUUUGAGCACCCUAAAGAACUAACCUAAUAAUUCACACUGUUGCUGUUGCAUUUGUCGGCAUCCUUCAUUUCCUCAAAAGAAAACAAACUAUUGAUGCUGCCUUUUCCUACAAAGAAAAGAUUCAAGCUUCCCAGGUUUCGUUUUAAAUGCUAUUAAAUCCGUUCCAGUUUACAGAAAA